AACAACAUACAAGUCCUUCAUUCAAAAGUUUGGGUUGUUUGGUCUGACAGAAAGAGUUUAUUUAUUUACAAUGGAUGAAACAAGAGAGGAGUUGGAUCGAACAUUGGCCCGUUUGGAGGCUGUUUGGGAUGACAUUGGUCUGAAUGAAGAACAGCGCAAAGAACGGCGUCAUCAUUUUAAUGGUCACAUUGUAAAUUUGUGUGAAAAGAUAAUUGACGAUGAAACAGCUUUAAAGACAAGAAUCACAAACAACAUUGAACGUAAUACUCAAGAGAUCUUAAAACUUAGUGAGGGUCUUGGAAUAGUCCCAGAGGAUGCUGUGGAUGGUAUGACAUUAUUGGAAUUGGACACAUUACUUCAAGAAAGAGUGGAUCACCUACUUCAGUUGAAGGAACAGCGGAUGGACACUCUCAGGCUUUUGCAAGAAAAAGAUGAAGGAAUCUGUGAAUUACUUUGUGAGACUCCAUAUUACAUUCCUGCUGGCCUGAUCCCAUCACUUGAAGAUAUAAAGAGUGUAGAAGAUCAUGUGAAAACAAUGGAAACAGAGAAGGAAGAACGAGAGAAGAAUUUUCGAAGUCUGAAGGCAGGCAUACUGAAAUUCCUCGAGCUUUUAGAACAGCCACCAGAAGAUUCUUUCUGCCAAGAUAUUAUUUGCUCUGAGGAUGACGAUUUCCCCCUCGGAAAAGCCUACUUACAACAGAUGAGGGGUGUUCACAGUGACCUUGAGUUCCGUGUCCAUGAAAAUGAAGUGAAAUCAUUGGAGCUACGUGAGAAAAUCAACUGGCUGUGGAUUGCGUUAGAAAUACCAGUAGAAGAACAGCAAGCUUUUCUCUCCACGGCACCUAAGCACACACCAUCAAAUAUUGCGAAGCUAGAGGAAGAGCUGGAGAGACUCAGGUUGCUACGCCUUCAAAAUUUGUCUGUUUUCAUAGAGAAACUUCAAGAAGAACUAGCUACUUCUUGGGAAAAGUGCUAUGUUGGAGAGGAAGAAAGGAAAAAGUUUCUGGAUCAGCAGCCAGAUGAUGCAAGUGAAGAAGUUUUAGAUGCUUAUGAAAAAGAAGUUCAUAAGUGGAAACAGCACUAUGAAGCCAACAAGGAUAUUUAUAUACUGGCUUCACAGUUUAUGGAUCUUUAUAAUCACAUGUUGGAGUUAGAGGAACGAGCUAAGGACCCUAGCCGUCUUUUCAACACAAGAGGUGGGGCCCUACUGCUUGAAGAAAAGGCCAAGAAGAAAGUGAGGACUGAGCUCCCGAGAGUUCAAGAAAGCUUGCUUGAAAGUGGCAGAGUUUGGGCUGAGCAGGAGGGAAGAUCUUUCCAUAUUAAUGGGGUGCCUUUGGAAGAUUAUAUCCGAGUGCUGUGGGAAAACUAUGAUGUGAAAAAAGAAGCAGAAAAGAAUAAAAGACAAGUAAAAGGGGCCCAGGAGGUUAAACGCCCAGGUUUACAUAAUCCCAAAACUCCAGCUGCACUCACAAAUACUAAGAAAAGAUGUCGUGAAGGUGAAGAUACAGCAAGCACAAAGAAGAUGAAGCCGGGUGUAUCACUGUUCAAGUCACCUUCAAAAUCAACUCUUCGCUCACCUACAAAGACUCCCAGAACCAGACCACUUACAGAGCGCAAUGCCCUGCUCUGUCCACCACCAAUUUCAUCCAGUGACACAAGUCUACAUUCCACCAUCUCAUAUGAUAAGUUUGAAGCUGGUAUUGACGAAAGGUGUAAUGAAGAAAUAAUUCACUCAUCACUCAUGGAUGACCCAUCAUCUAAAAGAAGUACUCCACCAGAGGAUCAGAUGAGAGUUCGAAGAUUGAGGGAAACCCUUAAUCUUGCAUCUCCACACAAAGCACAUUUAAGAGGCAAACAGGCCCCUUUAAUGUCUGGAUUCCCACCAUGCAAGGGCACAUUAAGACGAGUGGCUUCCCAACCGUCUUUGCAUCUGAAACAAGGAGCACAGGCUCGACAAGGCAGACCACUCUUUCAUAAAGUAUUUAGUAAUAAGGCACAUCCAGUCCACUUUCUUAUUUAAUUUGAAUGUUUACGCUGGUAAAAGUAGGGAUUUUUGCUGAAAUACCAUAGCAAAAGUUGAAUUGUAUAUUAUCUUGUAUAUUGUCAUAAUGUUUUGUUUUUAUAGUCUCUUCAUGAUUCUGUCUUUUCCUCAAAGAAUUAGGGGAUUCAUCAGAUUUGGCUCUAUUUACUAUAAAUAUUUAUAAUAAACACCUUUUCAUUUAAGAUUUUUUCAAGAAAUUUCACUUGUGUUUACUUUUCAUAGAUAUUUAUUUCUCUCAAAAAGAGUCAUUUAAGUUGUAUAUUUUGUAACUUCCUCUUUGUAAGUUGAACAUAUUACAUUUUACAGUCAUGUGGCACGUUGUUUACAGCAACCAGGCUUACACUGUGAAAGUUUCCGUGUUUUCUUUUCACCUUCAGAUAUUUGCAGUAUGUAGAAUUUUAUUGCAUUAUUGACUAUGUUGGUGGGGACUUAAUUAUUUUAUGCAUUGUGUGGGUUUAGACAAGGUAUCAGGUACUUUUUUCUGUGUUUUUUUGCCUUCCUCUGCAUUGCUUAUUUUGAAAUAAAAAGUCCAGUAAUUUUAGAGGUACAUUUGGUCAUUCUCAGUUGAAUAUAAUGCAUUAACUCCAUUCCAGUUAACAUUAUGAUAUACUGUGAAUAUGUAUAUUUAGUAUAUUUCUUGAUGCUAAUGACUUGGGUUUCAUUGUACAGUUUGUUCAUAGGAAGGACAGCUUGGUUUUAACUUUUUUAUUUUCAUGAAACAUUGUUUUACCAUAUAGUACAGGUUUUCUUCUAUAAAAGUCAACUUUCUUCUAUUUUACAGUUCCUUGUUUUUGCUUUGUGUUCAAGAUGAGAAUUGACAAUUGAAAGUUACUCCAGAGCAUAAUAUUUAAAAUGAAUUGACUGUGUUAAAUGUACAAGUACAUUGUCUUCCUAAGCUUUGAAUAUACAGGAAUAUAGAGUGCUUAUGGGUAUGAAAUAAUGAAUGCUUUUCAUUUGAAGUACAAUAACAUUUCAGGAAAAAUACUUUUUAUUGAUGACUGCAUAAUACUAGAUAUAACGACUGUCUUGAAAGUGUAUACCGAUUGAAUGAAUAAAUUUUUAACAAU